AUGAGCCGAAAGCUCGCUCCUGAAGCAAACCGUAUUCUCUUCGUGAAGAACUUGAGCUACAACGUCACCGCAGAAGAGCUCUUCGACCUCUUUGGCAAGUUCGGGCCGAUUCGGCAAAUACGUCAAGGUAUUGCGAAUAAUACGAAGGGCACCGCAUUCGUUGUAUAUGAGGACGUGAUGGAUUCGAAGCAGGCUUGCGAUAAGCUAAACGGUUUCAACUUUCAAAAUCGUUAUCUUGUCGUUUUAUAUCACCAGCCAGAGAAGAUGGCUCGAUCAAGAGAAGACCUCGCGGAACGUCAAGAAAAUUUAGAACGUCUCAAACAGCAGCACGGGAUAGAAUAA